GUGUAUAUAAUAUAUAUAUGUAUAUGUGUAUGUAUAUAUAUGUAUAUAUCCAACUAAAAUUUUAGUAGUUUCUUAUAUGUCAACAAAAGUAGCAACAGUGUAAUUCAUUGCCACCACGUUCACUUUAAUUUUCUCUUCCAAAAUCAUUUAUAUCUACAUAUUUCAAGAACCACAGAGAGAUCAAGAGAGAUCAAGAGAGAGAUCAAGAGAGAGAGAGAGAGAGAUGGAGGGAGACAACAGCAGCAACGAAAUGUACAGAGAAUGCCUGAGGAACCAUGCAGCCAGCCUCGGGAGCUACGCCACAGACGGCUGCGGCGAGUUCACACCGGACGACGACGCCGCCGCCGCCGCCGCCGGCGGAGGACUCAACUGCGCUGCAUGCGGCUGCCACCGAAACUUCCACCGCAAGGUCAUCGUCACACGCAGCAGCGGCGACGUGGCGGCGGAGAUGACGGAGUACGGCGGCGGCGGAUCCGGGCGGCGGAUGCAGCAGAUGGCGGCGGCGUACUCGCCGGAACAGAGCAGCAAGAAGAGGUUCAGGACGAAGUUCACGGAGGAGCAGAAGGAGAAAAUGAUGGGGUUCGCCGAGAAGCUGGAAUGGAGGCUGCAGAGGAAAGAUCAAGAAGAUGAGAUUGAGAGAUUCUGCAGAGGAGUUGGGAUUAGUCGAAAAGUUUUCAAAGUUUGGAUGCAUAAUCACAAGAACUCUCCUUCUCACUCUUCCACUGGCGGCAAUGCUUCUUCUCUCACUGAUGAUCAGUAGAUAUACAUACAUUUUUUUUUUAUAUGUAUAAUGUAUAUGUAUAGACUGAUAUUUCAACUAGUAUGUUUUUUUUUUAAUUGAUGACAAAAUAAGUAUGUUAUUUUGUUAGUAUUUUUGUGUUAAUUAAUAAUGUACUAGAUCUGUUUCUUUCUUA